AACAUGGCAGAGUCAUCAGAUUCAGAAUGCCUGGAUCACAAACUGAGACAAGAGAUGCAGCAGUGUGUGGAACAACUGACAACAAGUGGCAAACCAGUACUUAAUGUAGACACCAUGAAAAAAUUCAAAAGUAUCUGCAAAAAGUCAGAUAUGUACGUCAAAGAGGCUUAUCAUAUGCUGAUGACCCAGCUAGAGAAAGAACACUCAGAAAUUAGACUGUCUACAUUCCAGAUGAUAGACGAGCUGUUUAAUCGGUCACAUGUAUUCAGGGAACUGCUACUCUCAGACUUACAAUCUUACAUGGAACUAACAGUCGAGAUCGAUUUUGAUCAACCACUACCUCCACCUAAAGCUUCUGCAAACACACUGAAAACCUCAGCUCUCAGGGCCAUUCAGCAGUGGAAUGAUAAGUUUGGAGAGGCUUACAAGAAAUUAUCCCUCGGGAUUAACUUUCUACAGAAGUGCAAAAAGGUAGAUUUCAAUGGUAUCAGAGCUAGAGGUGAAGCAGAACAAAGACGAGAAAGGGAGCGAGCAGAGAGACAACAGAGAAUUAACCAGGAUAGAGUUAACAAAGUCCUCAGGGAAAUAGAAGAAACAUUACCUGAUAUCAAGACUUGCCUCACAGAAGUAGAAAACUGUUUUGCCAUUCUUCUCCCAACCCCUGAAAACUUUUUCUUGGGCAUUGAAUCAAGUGAAAAUGAUAAAGAAGCCCAUGUUUGCUCUACCAAUACAGAAAACCAGCAGAAAUCUAAGACACAUACACAAAAGUGUGGACAUUGUGGAAUUACAGAUUUGAUAUCUACCUCCGGAGAUUGUGAAGAAUGUUCGAAAAACAGAAAUGAUUCAGACAAUGGAACUGUGGUUGUAGGCAAAGAUUCAAAUCAGCCGAAGAAUGAUACAGAGGUAAAAUGUAAGAUGAAGGAUAAAUCAGGAAAAGAGUUAAAGACAAAAAUUGAUGAAAAUCAAGAUUCUGAAGAAAAAAUUGAAAAUGAACCCAAAAAUAUACAAGAUAGUCUCAGGGAUGAAACAAGUGUGGAAGGGAAAGAAAGUGAUUCUCAAACAGUGGAAAAAUCUGAAACGGAAGAUCAGACUGGCAGAGAUUCAUCUGAUGAGGAUUCAGAUGAUUCUGACGAUGAUGACUUGGAGGAGGUAGGAGAGUUUGUACAGGAGCAUGGCCUUAGGAAUCACCAGUACAGUAUAGCUAUAGACAUACAGAGUGGACCGGUAAAGCUGGAGGAGAACGAGGAUAACCUACCUCUGUUAACCACGCUAAAGGAUCACUACAGACUGAUCAGUACUAAACACCAGCCUAGUGUCACACGGUGGCUACAGGUACUUUCAAAACAUGGAGGUAAAGAGGACGACAUAAAAAGAGUCAUUGACCUUAAAUCUCAGCUCCAGCAAACAAAGAAUCAGUUUUAUGAUCUGAAAGUGGUACCCCUAGAGGAGCAAACAAAAAAUGGAGAUGAUGAUAGUGAUGAUGAAUUUGAAGAUGUACCAGAAAAAGAAGGAUUUGAGGAAGAUAUUCCAGAACAUCUCAAGAGAGAUUUGGGAUCUGGAUCAGCCUCCACAAGCAAGAAAUCCUCUUCUUCUUCCUCCAAAAAGCCAACAGCUACAGUCACCAGUGCAUCAGUCAAACCCAGCACCUCAGGUAUUGGGGCCAAGCGGACAUUUGUGAAGGCUUCUUGGAGCAUUCAGAAUGAGUUACUGGAACAUGAUGAGGAAGAUCCGACAGCCAUGAUCGCCAACCUCAAGAGAAUCAAAGCCGAGGCGGAGAGUAAAAGCAGUACCAAACCAGCUACAGAUGAAACAUCUAAAGGCAUGUACAUCACAUCCAGUCGUAAAGACAAGUUGCUGAGCAGUGCUCCUGUGGUUCCGUUUGGAGUGGAUCUGGAACACUGGGAAAAUCCAGAUAAGAUCCAGGCUCCAGAGAUUGUCAAGUAUGAUUCACUUCACCGAUUCUGGACUGCUUCUGAUGUUGAACACUGCAAAACUGAUACUAGCAGUAUUGGUGAACUAACUAAGAGGGCUAUUCCAUUUGUGGGGAAAUUUGAACCUGUCAAAUGGAAGUGUAGAGCUCCACUGCCCAAUGGAAGUUUGUGUGAACGAAUGGAUAGAAUCAAAUGUCCUUUCCAUGGUAAAAUUAUUGCCAGAGAUGAGUAUGGAGUGGCAGCUAAUGCAGAGGACCAAGACAAACCAUCUACUAGUACUCAGGGAUUAUUAGAGGAAGGUCUCAGUGAUUGGCAGGACCCAGAACUACAGGCUGACAUUGAAGCUGCUCUAGGGGUAGACCUAUAUUCUAAAAAAGGUAAAGGAAAAGGGAAGGGAAAGAAAAAGAAAGAACCAAAAUAUCCCAACCUAACAGACAUCAACAUUGUAGAGAAUACAUCCAGGACACGACUAGAGAAAAGAGUCCUCAAUAAGUCUGCUUUGAAAAGAGUGAAUAAUGUGAUGGAUAACCUUGCUUACAAAAGAAUACGGGACAGAUUUGGAAACCAGUUCAACUAUUCUUUAAAUUAACUCUUCAGAAAUGGAGACCAGAAUGUCUUAUGCACUGUAUAAUGCAGAAGAAUGU